AUGUCCAACGAAAAAUGUCCUGUGGACCAUAAACUGAGAGAGGUCUGGGCCUCCAAGAUGAAGGCAUCCGAUUCAGAGACCCCAGCCGAAGAAACCCCAACAGUCUGUCCCGUAGACCACACAGCCAGACUGAAAUGGCUAGGGAACAUCUCUGUCAAUGCUGCAUCGACCGUGGAAGCCAUAGAAGAGAAACAAGACAAGCAAGGGUGCAGCUCCGACCAACUACGAGAACCCGCACAUUCGUCGAAUGCCAAUUUGCCCACGGAGCGCGAGAUCAGUUCCAUCCCCAAAACAGACGACCGCUCCAACUGGAUCUAUCCGUCGCAGAAACAGUUCUACGAGGCCAUGAAGCGGAAGAACUGGUCGCCGGAUGCCGCGGAUAUGAAAACGAUCAUCCCGAUCCAUAAUCAGGUCAACGAGGUGGCCUGGAGACAUAUUCAAGAAUGGGAACGAGCUCUGCUUCAAGAGGCCCAAAAGAAGUGUGGAGGGAUUUCUCUUACGAGCUUUAAGGGAGACCUGAAGAAAAUGACGCCGCGCGCAUGGUUUCGUCUGAACAUCUUGCAACAACAGGCGCCCUUUGAUCGUCACGACUGGUUGGUGGAUCGUUGCGGCGUGGAGGUGCCAUAUGUGAUCGACUUCUACGAUGCGGGCGAAAAGGGCGGUGUGUUCGUCGACGUGCGCCCCAAAUUGCAAAGUUGGGAAGGCUUGAAGUUGCGCGUGGGCCGUGCCCUCGGUUUCAUGUAA